CUUCUUAAAGAGACGGCGUUUCACCAGCGACUCAUCAUUCAGUCAUUUCCUGAUUCGGUAUCCAAGCGCGAUCUCCCCCGGCCAGAGAAACCGAGCAGUUACCAUCAACAGAUGGUAUCAGGCGGACGCGUGACACAGACUACAGCGGUUUGUAUGACGUGCUUUCGGCAAAUGUGUGCUUAAGCUCUGGCUCCUGACCUCGCCGUUAGACACGGUCUCGUCUCAAACCUGGCUGGCCCUUCACUUGUGCGGAAAACCCUACCGAGAGCGACGCCAGCAGCAUGGAUGCUCCUCAGUAUCCCGGCUACCCACCACAUUACUGGUACCCUCAGUCCCAGUCGACAGGACACUAUGCAAAUUCUUAUCCCUCUGGCUCGGAUGUUCAGCAGCAGUACAAUCCGCAGGUCAUAGCAGGAGGAUAUCCAAAUGGUCAUGGUGUCUACAGCGCUGGACAGAGUCAGUACCCAGCAAGUGGAUUCCAUCCAUCAAACCCGUUCUACUGUGCUGACCCACAGAGAGCUGGUCCUGGUCCUUAUCCUAACCAGGGCUGUCCAGCGGAGCAGGGCAGUGGGCCCCCUGGACAGUCGCACACUCAACACCAUCAUUACCCUGGACCUCACUGUCAAGCGGGUCCAGGAUAUCCUGCUGGACCAUAUUCUCACUACAGUGAAAGUGGUCAUACAAUGCCUCCAAACCCUCCAUACCCAAGUGGCCAGUCAAUGCAUCCAAGCUCUCAGGCCGAGGCCUGGCCCCAUGCGGGUGGCUAUGCACACUCGCAGCAGCCGUGGCAUUCGGGCCAGCAGCCUCCACACAACCAUUAUGGAAAUCCCAUGCGGCCACCUCAUCCUCCUGCAUGGCCUGGCACUGGAAGCGGAGCUCCUCCGCCCUACCAACCUAAGGAGCAACAGCACCAGCGUCCUCCCCAACCAGGCCCUAAGCCCAAGCAGGUUGCUUCCCCCAACCCACCCAGUGUUGGCUCAGCAGAGAUCAGCUCACCUCCACAAAUUUACACCAGAACAGGAAGAGCUGAGCCCAACCCUUCACAGGAUGACCCUGCUCCAGCCCAAGCCCCUGGACAAACUGCCCCCCAGGCUCUGAGUGACAACCCCAGCAUGGCUAAGGUCCAGCAGUCCAUGGCACGUGUGUUUCUGCUUCAGGAGGAUGUGGAUGAGUUUGUGGGCCACAAAACGGACAAGAGUUACCGGUGUCUGGAGGAACUUCUGACCAAAGAGCUGCUGGAGCUGGACUCUGUGGAGACUCAGGGACAGGAAAGUGUGCGACUGGCCCGAAAGGAGGCCGUGCAGAAAAUCCAGGCCAUUCUGGACCGACUGGAGAAAAAAGCCUUCUGAUUCAUCAGACCAUGAAUCAGGAUGCUUUUCUUUCUUCAUCUCCUCCUCAUCUACCUUACAAUUGUAUCACAGCCUUGAUCUCAUGAAUUUCAUUGUUUGACUUCCCAGCCUGAGUGAGGGUUUGACUCCCCUGUCUCUGACUGAUUUGAGACGCAGGACGACUAUCUAUACCGCGUUAUUGACCAUCCUGCCCCUUCAGGGUUGUUUAGUUCUAAUCCGGUCCCAUAUCAUUCAUCUUAAUCUGGGCUUGCUGUCGAGUGAUACGUCUCCGCCAACCCUCUGCAUGACAGCCAUAUUGUCCUCAGUGGUAGUUCUCAUCAGAGAUUCCUACUGCUCAGCUGGGAGAAGUGCUCUCUCUUCUCUGGAUUUAAUUGAGGUGAGAUGGUUUCGAAUCAAAGCGAGCCCUUGACAAUUGUUGUCCUAAUUUUUACUCCAAUGUCAUGGAUGAAAUGACUUGGUGAGCCAGACCUACUUAAAACAAACAAUCACUUCCCUAAAAACCUAAGAUAAAGAAUCAUGUUAUGAACUCAAGUUGGACCACAGCACUGUUUUCUGGCUUUAAGUCGAACUUCGCCCUUAUGUCCAGUAGAGAUCAACCCUGUUGUGUUUAGUUAGCAGAACAAGAGUGCCAUAUUUCAUUUCAUAUUUUGUAUAAUGGAAGAAAUACUGAUAAUAAAAUAAGAUUACCAGCUUUGCAUGUAAAGAAACAUCUGUUAUAUUUGUCCAUUAUUUUUGUUGUGCUGUUAUUUUCCAAUGUAAUGCAUGUUUCCAACACAAGAUGGAAAUACUUGCCUGAGAAAUAUUAUUAUUAGUAAGAAGAAAAAGCCCAGAAAAUAAUAAAUGUGAUUAUAUUUUUCAA